CUUUUAUUUUGACUCUACUCAUUUGCUAGCCAGCUGACUACCUUGCGGAAAUUUCCAUCGCCAGCUGCUGUUCUUAUAAUCCUGCACCCAAAUCAAAGCAAAGGUGGAUGACAGUCUGCUACUCAUCUUCCUUGACCAGCUGCACCAGCCUUUGAUCAUCUUCAUCUGACAGUUUUAUCAUCAUAAGGAAAAAAAUCUUAAUCCCGCUAGCAUGUCUCAACGUUACUCCUACAGAAACUCUCCGGGUGAUUAUCAAUCACAUGAAGAUGCAUUUUCCGAUUCGUACCAGAGAGACUCGGCCGUUUACAGGGCGAGAGAUAGAUCAAGAUCUCAGGAAUCGGUGCAUCCUACAGCAUCUUCCAGCGGAGCUGCGGACUCUACUGUUCUUGUUCCAGGAAAGGCUCUUUCUUUUCUUCAUAGCUGUGGACUGGACGCAAGUGACCUCUCAAUGCUUGCAGAUCUUCCUGAGCAUCUCAUCACCGUCGAGACACUCCCUCAACUACUUUUACAGAUAAAAGAACGAAAAUCAUCCGACACUUCCUCAUCUAGGGCCAGCGCAACACAACCUGUCAUCGAUACAUCAUCUCAUGCCGUGGCGAGUAGCAGCUAUGGAGACGUCAUUGAGUAUCCAGUGGAUCAAUCUACACAUUCAACUUUUCCUCUCCCACCAGAGCAAGUUCAAUGCUGGCAAGACCGCUGGGGGAACCCUCGAAAAACUGGGUUUGUGGCGAGCACUAGUGCUACUGCCACAUCCACCAGCCAUCAAGUGACCAAUGUUCGCGAUUAUGGCCACUCCAGUGAAGGAACCCUUUAUUAUGAUGAACAGCCUUACUCCUCUGCAACCUCACAGACAUCGUCAACUGCUUCACACUCUUAUGAUGAGUACAGCAGUGGAAACACGCAAAAUUAUGAGCCUUUGCAUCAUGUUUCAUCAGACACUGUUUUUAAAGUGCCUACUUGGAGGGAGGCAUCAGCCUUCAAUGGCGUACUUCCUACAAGAUUUCCUUACACGUGCGUUCUGUGCAAAAUUACUGUCCAUACUGAAAAGGACUGGUCUGCGCACAUUAAAGGUUCCCAGCAUGCCAACAGUCAGCGCCGACUUGUUAAACGGUUUCCAAAGUGGAAUCGCAACAAUGACUCGGCGACAAGGAUUGAGUCAGUACAUCAGCCCAGAUCCAAAGAAGAUCCAGGUUAUAAUGUGCCUACGAGGAAGGAGGCAUCAGACUUCUAUGGCAGAAAUCCUCCAAUAUAUCCUUACCCAUGUGUUCUGUGUAAUGUUACUGCUGCUUCGGAAAUGGAGUGGAGAGUGCAUGUUAAGAGUGUUUCACAUGCUAGCGGUCAGCUCAAGCUUUUGAAAAAAUACCCAAGCUGGGAUCAGAGUUUUGAAUCUUCUAGAAGGAAUGAUGUUCCGGUAACAACUGUGACAACAGUGACAACAGAGACCACACCGGUCAAACCCAUUGUGAAAAGAGACCCUGUUCAUAAGGUACCAACCCUUAAGGAGGCAUCAAACUUCCGUGGCAGAGCUCCUUCAGUUUUUCCUUCCACAUGUGUUCUUUGUGACUUUACUGUCCUUUCUAAAAAGGAAUGGGGAGUGCAUGCUCGAAGUGCUCAGCAUGCUAACAGUCAGCUGGAGCUUGUGGAAAGGUAUCCAGAGUGGGAUCAGAAGAUUGUCUCUGCCAGGAGGAAUGAGAGCAAGGUGCCAGCAGACCAAACCACAGAGAAAAAAGAAAAGCCAAAAAAGAAGCAAAAGAAGGAGGACAAGUCAAAACCAUCAGUUACCUGUCAUGGGAAAGUGGUCACCGUUAAAUUUGGAGCCAGUAAAGUGGAAGAAAGUUACUUGACAAAAUUGCUUGGCCAGUUUGGAAAAAUUGUGAAAGUCAUGAUGUUCCCAACACUGGCUUUGGUGGAAAUGGGAUCAAAGGAACAGUCAGAUGAUAUAGUGAAAUAUUUCACUGAUAAUCCUUUAGCAGUUCAAGAAAAACCAGUGGAAUUUUCUGUCUCUACAGCUUUCAGUGUACUUCAGAAUAACCGAGUUGUGUGCUUCGCCCCUUUACCUGCUGGAGACGGUAUCAGUUCCGAGUUGUUGGCCACUGCCAAACGUUUUGGAUCUGUAAAAAACUCCUCGUUCCUGCCAAGCCGGGGGUAUGUGGAAAUGAUCAGUGUAUCCGAAGCACAGAAGUUGGUUGACCAUUAUAACGGCAGGCCACUUAAAUUAAAAGGAACCGCAAUUCACGUCACCUUGUCCUCUGAAUAUGAAACACUUGACUCAUUAAUCGAUGAUGCCCAGUCACAGUCUAGCCCAAGAAGACGCAGUAGACAUAGGGACAGUCCUAGCCCUAAGAGAAGACGCUCUUCAGAAAGGACCCGCUCUUCAGAAAGGACCCGCUCUUCAGAAAGGACCCGCUCUUCAGAAAGGACCCGCUCUUCAGAAAGGACCCGCUCUUCAGAGAGAAGGCGCUCUUCAGAGAAGACCCGCUCUUCAGAGAAGACCCGCUCUUCUAGGAGAUCCCGAUCAAAAGAGCGAGAUAGACCGCGAAAAUCCACAGACAGCACAAAAACCUCUUCAAAGAAGUCAUCAGUUUCCUCAGGUUCUUCUGCUAAAGAUGAAUCCAAAAAGUCAAGUGAGGAUACUAAAGCCAAGAUAACUGCCAGCACUGAUGACACUGCAUCCGUACAAUCAGACAGUGAUGUUGAAGGGCUAGAAGUUAUUGCAGAUGAUGGAGAAGAACUGCAGCAUGAUGAUCAUGAGCCCACAGAUGACGAGAAGAUGGACCAAGACCAGAAAACUGGAGAAGCUGCUCACCUAAAUAAUAAGCCAUCCAGUACCCCAGUAAAAGUGAAGGAUUCAACCAGUCACAGCCAGAAGUCUGACAUUUCAGCUACAUCAGGUAGUACUAAAAAGGAUCAAGCUGCAGGUCAAGCAUGUGAAGCCCUUGAAGAAGAGGAGGAGGAUCCUGACUUCCCGUACAACCUUGAUAACUGCAUCACUUUAGAUGAACUUGAGGAGGAAGCAUUAUCAGAUGGUGAACAGAAUUCUUCAGUGAAGAAGAACCCAGAGGGAACACCAGAGGAAAUUACCAAAACUGUAAAUAGCCCAACUUAUCCCACCUUGUCUCACUCUGAGGAUAGCAAACAACCAGAAUCACCGGAAGACAGAAAUAUUAGCAAAACAGGUGCUGAAAUCAAGAGCACAGAAGUCAUAGAAACUGUAAAUCUGCCAAGCCCUACUUCCUUAAUGGACUCUGAGGACAGCAAACAACCAGAAUCUCAAGAAGACAAAAGCAUCUGCACUACGGCUGCUGAGAUCAAAAACUCAGUGGUAACUGAAACUGUAAUUUGUACAACUGCUGCUUCCUUGACGGAGUCUGAGGAUAGCAAACCAGAAAUACAACCAGUAUCACCAGAAGACAAAAUUACCAGCAGUACAACUGAUGAGACCAAGAGUUUAGAGGAUGCAUCAGUUAAAGAUACAGCUGAUGAGAUUGUAGAGCAACACGAAGAAGAAAAAGACACUGAUGAUAUAAAGAAAACCUUUGGGAAAGUACUUUACAUCAGAAAUCUUCCAAAGUCUGAGGACUACACAGAUUCAGAUUUUAUUAAUGUUGCAAAAAGAUACGGAGCAGUAAAGCACUACUAUUUAAUUCGCAAUGGUAACAAGGGAUUUGUUGAGAUGAUGCAUUCCUCUGAUGCCGAAAGAAUUGCAGCUGAUGCAAACAAUCAAGAUGUUGCAUUCCGUGGUAACGUCUUGAAGAUUAAAGUGUCUGAAAAGUACAGCACUUUGCCAGCAACAGGGUUUAAUGUUGACAAUGUUGAUUCUGAGGAGGAGGAGGAUGAUGGCAGUGGAACAUCAAACUCUAAGGAGUCCACUGAUGAGAACCAGGGUGUUACUGAAGCAGAAGCUUUAACUGAACCAAACAAACCAAAUGAGCCAGUGGGAACUGAGUUUAUCCGUCCUGUAGUUGGCUACUUCUGCAACCUGUGCAAUGUCAUCUAUGCCAGUGAAGAGGAGGCAAAAGAUGAUCACUGUAGGAGCUCAUUACAUCAUGAGAAAGUGAAGGAGCACAAGAAGAACAGUGCCAUGUCCCAGAAGCUGACGCCUGAUGGUGGUCAGAAAGGCUUUGCUGUUGGCCGUGGGCUCUUGGCUGCCGCAGAAACUUUAAAUUAUAACAUGGUUGAAUCCAAUCCCGAUCCCUACAGCUCCACUUCUCAACACAUUGGUGGAAUGGUGGGCUUGGGAGGAGGGGACAGACAGGACCAUGGCUCUCAGCUCCCCAGCAGAGUGGGAAGCCACCUUAGCAAUACCAUGAAACUGUUUGCCAGUCUUGGUCUCUCACCUGCCGACUUGGAUGCAUUGGCACAGAUUCCAGAGGAAAACAUCAGUGUGGAGACACUUCCCCAUCUCAUCAUGCAGCUUAAAAAUCGGAAAAAUCUAUCUGGUGAACUGCCGUCACUAUCCUCAGAAACUUCCUAUAGAGAAGGCCGUGAUGACUGGGGGGACAUGCAGGGAGGACGUCUGGACCGAUCCUCGGCCCACAGUCAGAGCCGUACUUCCCAGGGCAGUUUUGGAUAUAGUUCCAUGCAAGACCUCUCUACUCGUGGAAAUGAUAUGCAUGAAUAUGGUGGUAGUAGUAGUAGCAGCAGCAUUGCCAGAGACUGCCAGUAUUCUGAUCUUUCCACUGACCACUAUCAUGGUCUUGGCAUGGGUUCGUCUUCAAGAUCUGACGACCUCUUUAUGCAGCGAAGGAUGGGAGCUCCCUCUCAGGGCAAAAUCCAGGAUUUCUUGGGAGUCAUGCCACAAAUGUUUCCUCAUGUGUGUGCCCUUUGUGACUUUGAUGUGCAUUCCACCAUGGAAUGGAAUCAACACACAAAUGGAAUGCGGCAUGCCGAAAACAGGAAACUCCUCCUGCAGUUGUACCCGGAUUGGGAUCCACAUAUGUCAUCCGAACGAAUGUGCGGGUCCUUCUCCUUUGACUCAAAGGGCUGGUCUGAGGGGUUACUUGGGGCUGGUCCGUCUAGUGGUGCGAGACAGAGAACGGGAAUGAAUUCUAACUGGGGAUUGGAUUCUGGUAUGGGUAUGCCAAGCAAAAUGCAGUCGUUUCCUAUGACACCAAAGGUAAGAAGCAGAGUGGUAGUGGUCAAAUAUAAUCGGAAGCCAAUGUUGUCCAACCUGUUUGCUCUGGCCCAUCCAUUUGGAACCAUCCGUGAACAUCUUGUACUCAUGAACAAGGCUUUUCUUGAGUUUAAAACACAUGAGGAGGCUCUGGCAAUGGAUAAUUAUUAUCGGAAAAAGCCAGCCACUUUACAUGGGAAUGAAGUGCAUAUCUACAUAUCCAAGGAACUGUUGGUGAUUGAGAAAGAUGACCGAGCAGACCGAGACAGAGACAGAGACAAUAAAAAUGUAAAGACAGGGACCAGUCCUGUGGUGUUCCUUUCUAAUUUGCCAAGGGACAGUGAGAAGAAAAUGGAGUUACUCACAAUAGCUGGUCGAUUUGGCACUGUUGAAAAACAUAUUUUCUUAAAUGAUGAGGCAUUUGUACAGAUGAGCAGUGCAGAUGAUGCAGAUAUGUUGGUGAGGUACUACACUGUCAAUCCAUUAAAAAUUGCUGGGAGAAACAUCCGUCUGAAUAUCUGCGCAAAGUACAAGAGUUUAAGAGUUCCACCUUGGAAGGCUGACCAAGAAAGACAGAAUCGAGAUGAGGGAAGCCGGAAGAGCAGUAGCAAAGCAAGUCACAAAACCUCGUCCAGCUCUCCGAAGACCACAAGAUCCAAAUCUAAGGAUCGCUCAUCUGAAAAGGCAGGAGAGACAGAGUCUGAGAAAGAACACAAGGAUGUAAUUGCAGAGGGGUCUGGUAAUGAAGACAAAGGCGUUGUGGAGGGUCAUGAUGAAAAUGAAGGCCCAGCUGCGGAGAAGUCUCAGUCGAAAGAAGCAGCUGAAGAUCAAACAAAAGCAGAAGCCUCACUGAACUAUGAGGAUUCAGUGAUGGAGCCAGCAGUUGAUGAUGACACACCCAAUGCUGAGAGCACAGAGAUGCCCGAAAAGGCAGAAGAUCUGACAGAGGAGCCAGCUGAAACCGAAGCAGAUCAAAACCCCACAGAGGAGCACAAAGACACAGAUGACCAGGAUGAUGUGGAGCAGGCUGAGGCUGAUCAUGAGAAUGCUCCAGAGAAUUUGAGUGAACUGGAAGGACUUGGAGAAUCUGACUUCCCUGAUAAUAUGGAUGAGUUUGUGACUCUGGAUGAGCUAGCAGAGGAGGAAGAUGCUGAAAUGCACGAGUCUAAAUCCAGGGAUAAAAGCUCCUCAGGGAGAUCAAAGCAGAGCCGUGAACUAAAAGUCGUCAAUGUGGUUGGAUUUAGGCGUGGCUAUAAUUAUCUUGAUGAGAUUCUGUCUUUGGCCAAGCCUUUUGGGAAAGUGGUGCGACAUCUGAUCCUGAAUGUGAGGCCUGAGGCCUUUCUUGAGCUUGCUAGUGAACAGGAAGCCAGAGCAAUGGUUCGUUUCUACAAUGGAAAUGUUACACCAUCUGUGUGUGGAAAAGCAGUGAAAAUCUAUCAUUCUCAUGUCUACCCAACCAUCCAGAUUGGCAAAGUAAUUUAUGUUGGACACAUUCCGGCCUUUAAAACAUCAGAUGCAUCCCUACUGAAAAUUGCAGAGCCGUUUGGCAAAAUCAAACGCUACGUUUUAAUAAGGGGACGUGGCGAGUGUUUAAUUGAGAUGGAGAGGAUUGAGGAUGCAGAGAGAUUUGUUGAGGCGGCCAAAGAAAAUCCACCAACGUUUCAAGGCAAACCACUAGUUGUCAAUAUUAGCAGGAAAUACACACAACUCAAACAUGGAGGCAGACCUCCAGCCCCAGAAACAGAAGACAAACGACCAUCCAAGAGAGAUCGCUCUGACGAAGAAACAGCAGCCGAGGUCAGCAAAACUAACAGCAGUAAGGAAGAAGAGCCACCAACCAAGAAGGUCAAAGAGGGAACAUCCUGUACAGAUAAUGUGGAGGGUGUACCAGCAGAGGAGAAGCAGCAGGAAAAUGAAAAUCAAGCUGAAACUAGCGAGAGUGAAGCUGAAACGAAAAUAAAGAACACAGAGGAAAAUAGCAGUGAUGCAGCUGAAGCUCAGAACAUGGAGAGCACAUCGCAGAAUGACGAUUCUGAUGCUACUGUUGUGCCUUCCGGUGUACCUUCUAAGAAUGAGGAAAACAGUGAAGGUCUUACUGUUCCUGUGCAGUCUGUGAAAAAAACUACCCUAGACAGUCUGGGGCCAUAUGAACCUGAUGUCCCAGUGGGUGCAGAGUUUGUGAAGAUGGGAUAUUAUUGCAGAGUCUGCUUCCUUUUUUACUCAAAUGAAGACACCGCUAAGAAGGUCCACUGCAGCAGCCAAGCACACUACAACAAACUUAAGAAACACUUGGAAAAGGAGAAGGCAAAAGCACAAAGAGAAAAUAUGACCAGAGAGUAACACUGGGAAGAACUGAAGCUAUAGGAGAUGAUGUCCUUGGUACUAUACAGUAUUUGAUAGUGCAUGAGCUGUUAGUGCAGUAUACUGAUAUAAUGUAUAUUAUACUGGUAUAAUGUAUUUUCAGUAAGCUGAUUCAUUUGCCAUAUUUUUUUCCCCUUUUUUUUAUCUUACUAGAUCCUAGAACACAUUCAUCUGCUGUUACUUUCUGUCUUGCCAUAUUAAAAGUAUUCCUUCAACUA